AUUCGGCAGUGUCAAUAAAGUUUCGGCGGUUUGACGUGCGCGGCGGACAACAUGGCGGCCUCCAUGCUGGGCUUUCUGCUGCGGACGGUCCGGCAGAUGGUUCCUUCAUCGGCUUCAGGUCAAGUUCGAGGUUACUAUGUAGACUGGAAAAUGUUGCGUGAUGUGAAGAGACGGAAAAUGGCCUAUGAAUAUGCAGAUGAGAGGCUACGGAUCAAUUCGCUCAGGAAGAAUACCGUUCUGCCAAAAGACCUUCAGGAAGUGGCUGACGAAGAAAUUGCUGCCCUCCCCCGGGACAGCUGUCCUGUGAGGAUCAGAAAUCGGUGUGUGAUGACGUCCCGUUCACGUGGCGUGAAGCGGCGCUGGAGGCUCAGUCGUAUCGUCUUCCGGCACUUGGCCGACCAUGGACAGCUGUCUGGGGUCCAGCGAGCAAUGUGGUGACCAGCUCCAGAACCUGCUGAGCUUGCGGGGAAACCGGUUCCGACAGAAGAGACCCUUCUAAGAGACCAAAGCCUAGCUUUGACAGGGUUCCAGUAUAGGAGUCUAGUCUACUAGAUGUCUAUAGUUUUGAACUUUUGAACUUUCAAUGAAGAAAUUUGAAUGUUUCAUCCUGUCAGUGAAUUCUGGCUGUCAGUGAAUUCUCUUCUGUUGGACUUGAACAUACUGUUCCCGAGCAUGGUGCAGAGUAAUAAAAAAUACUUUCUGUAUGCUCUGUAUGUGAAAAUA